GGACUAGAUGACCUCCUGAGGUCCCUUCCAACCCUGAUAUUCUAUGAUUCUAUGACUGCGCUUCUCAUCGGCACUCCAGCUUAUCCCUCUUGGUAUUGCUGAGGUCCAGUGAUGUGUUCUGUGUAGAUGUCCCUGACCACCUGAUGGCGUCCAACGCCAUGAGUUGUUGCAUCAGCUGAGCAUAGUGUUGACCAACUUCACAUUCUCUCAGCAUUCCCUCAUUACUGGGGUCCCAUGUGCCCAGGGCUCCGACGAUCAGUGCGUGAGUUUGAACCUUGUAGCCCCUAGUUCUCAGGGUGUCUAUUACAUUGACCUAACACCCAGUAUAGAUGUGGCUUGGCUGACGAAAGGAGUCUUCCAUGGACCUUGCUACUGCUUCUUGGAGAGGUGGAUUAACUAUAUCGAUGAAAAAGCUCUUUCCGUUGAAGUAGGAAGUGUCUACACUAUGGCAGUACAGUGGCACUGCUGUAGCAGCUGUAGGGUUAUCAACCCUCCUGGCUUGGCCGGGAGUCUCCCAGAACCAGUCUCGAUCUUCCGGAGGCUACUGAAGCCAAUCCAGGAGAUUUUAGGCCACUAAAAGUCUGGCGAUGCGGUGGGACUAAAGUAGGCUCCCUACUUGCCUUGGCUCCGUGCUGUCCCUGGAAGUGGCAACAUGGCCCGCAGCAGCUCCUAAGAGGAGGCAUGGCAAGAGGGGGGUGUCUCUGCGCACUGCCCCCGCCCGGAGCACCAACUCCUCAGCUCCCAUUGGCCAGGAACAGGGAACCGCAGCCAAUGGGAGCUGCAGGGGCAGGGCCACCUGAGAGUAUAUAAUGAAGGAAACAAAGGUAUCCCCAAAGACCCGUUUCCCUUUGAGGCUGAUAUCCAAGUAUGUUUGGUUGAUGCGGGUUGCGGAAGUCCCUUAGAAUGUUUUUGGAAUGGAAACAGUAUGAUAUUCAUUAUGCAGAAAGUGGGAUAUGUUGAAUUCACUGACCAAAUGGAAGAAUCACAAAUAGAUGAUGCCACUUAUAUUUCAGAGUUUGCACCACAGAAGGAUUCUGGACCAGUUGCUCUGUCUGUUACAAGAGCAAAGCAACUGAUUUCACUCUAUACAAUGGCACAAAAUCCAAACAUGACCCAUCUGAAGAUAAGCAAACCAGUUGUGCUUCCUCCCCUGUGGGUAAGAUGUGACAGCUCUGACCCUGAGCAUACCUGUUGGCUAGGAGCUGAGCCUCUCAAAAAUGGGAAAAAAAUCACAGGGAUCAGUUUUCAUACGGUUACAUGUAAUGGUCCUACAGCUGAUAUAACCUGUUUUGCAAGUCUAGAAGACCUCAAAAAGGCACACAAAAUCAGACAUCGCUCAUCUAUUGUGGCAACCAAAGGCUUUGCUCAAUAUGAGCUCGUUCGAUCCACUACAUUGGAGGAUACAGGGAUUGAAUCAGAGAGUAAUAUAUAUAUUGAUAUUACAUGGAGUAUUGUGGAUAAGAUUUUACAGACACCUCCACUCACUGCAGCAGCAACAUUGAACAUUAGACUGGAAUCUGGGGACCCCAGGAGUCCUGUGUUCCAGUUACAUAGAGAACUGCAGUUUCUGAUUGUUCUGGCUGAAGGCUUGAAGACUGGUGUGACUGAAUGGCCUGAGCCUUUGGUAGCUGAAUCAGCGGUUGAGCUCGUCCAGGAACUUCUGAAUGAUUUAAAGAAUAAACUGGAUGGAUUUAAUACAUCGGUACAUAAAAAUGAUGCAGAGAAAGUCCAGUGUGACUCUGCUGCAGUGGACAGUUCAAUAAAAUCACUUUUUAAUGAGCGAGGAGACCUGGAUUUUGCUGAACAAUUGUGGUGCAAAAUGAGAAAGAGUGUCACUUCCUAUCAAGACUUGGUAGAGUGUUUCACACUGAUUAUAAAAUCCCUAGAACAUGGUGAGAUACAGCCUUGGAUUCAUCAAGGGAGUAGCAGUUUACUAAGCAAGUUGAUUCAACAAUCUUAUCAUGGAGCUAUGGAGGCUAUUUCCCUCAGUGGUGUCACUCCAAUUCAAAUGCUUCUGGAGAUUGGUCUGGACAAAAUGAAGAAAGAUUAUGUCAGUUGUUUUAUAGGCCAAGAACUUGCAACAUUAACCUAUCUGGACUACUUCAUUUCCACAUCAGUAGAGCUACAGGAGCAGGUUCAUCGCAUUCAAAAACUUCAUCAUAUGCUGGAAAUAUUGGUCAGCUGCACAGUCUUUCUUCACUUUAAACAUGAGAACCUCUUCCCUUUGAUGCAGUCCUGCAUAAAAUAUUACAAAGAAAAUCCUCUGAAUGAGAAGCAUGUGUUUCAGCUACCAAUCAGACCAGCUGUUGUCAAUAAGUUCUAUCAAAAUGAUCACGCACAAAUAUGGAGGGUGGAAAUAAAUAGUGUACCUGGUCAGAAGGAGGUUAAAACAGUAUGGCAGCUUAGCACUAGUCCUCCUGUUGAACAUAUGACUUCGAACAACCCAGGAGUACUUUGUGAUACAACAGUUAAUGGAAACACUGAAGAAAGUAUGUAUUUUAUUACCAUGGCUAACUGCAGUCAGGUGCAUUUUACAUAAAAGAAUGCUGGUGUACAGAUAGAUGCUUAGAAGUGUUACGUAAAGGCGGCAUCUGUGGAAACCUUUAAAACAGUGUAAGAAUAAGAAUGACAUUUUAUUGCUUAUGCAAAAUGAAGAUGUUAUGUAAACUUGUAGUUUUAGUUGCGCUUCCGAAGGAGGAACAUUAAUAGAAUAGCACUGAUAAGUAUGCAGAGUGUGAACACCGUUGGCACAACAAUCUCAGUCACCAUUUCCAUGUGAGUAGUCAAGGGAUCUGAAAUUUGAGAAAAGAAACAAUAAUAGAUAAGAUCUGUUCUAAUGGGAUAAUUUUAGUUAUUUCUUCAUUCUAUUUUUUAAGCAGAGAUGAACAGCUUUGAAUCUUUUUGAACAUAAUUUGUUUAAAGCUAAAAUAAUUUUUUUUACAUAUUGGCAUCUGCAUUAAACUGGCGUCAUUAGAAACAACAGAAAGAAAGAAAUUGUAAAAGCUAGAAUAAACAUUAACAUGUUUUAUAUAUUUUGAAAAUCUGCAGCAAGUUUGUUAGGUUCUCUUCAUCUAUAUCUUUUGUGGUAAAUUCUGAAACAUGUCAGUGCUCAGAGGGUUACAAAAAAUUGUGCUUACCAUGAAUUAGUCUCAGUAUAUUAGCAGCAGUAUUCCGCUGUUCCUCUAAUUUUCAAGGAAAAGGGGAAAAAAGAAAAUAGUCAAAGAAAAAAAUCCUUGGAAAGCACUCUAACCCUUUGAGGACUGCAUUUUAUCUCUGCGGAAUUAAAAUUAAAUUGCUUCUUUAAACUUUUAUUUGGUGAUUGUAGUACAAAUUAUUUUGAUGCACAUAUAUAUAUGUGCAUCAA